AUGGUCAAGGUUCUUGCAGUUCUCUACGACGGCGGUCAGCACGCCAAGGAUCAACCCGAGCUUCUCGGCACCACUGAGAACGAGCUGGGCAUCCGCAAGUGGCUCGAGGACCAGGGCCACACCCUGGUCACCACCUCCGACAAGGAGGGCGAGAACUCCAAGUUCGAUCAGGAGCUCGUCGAUGCUGAGAUCAUCAUCACCACUCCCUUCCACCCCGGCUACCUGACCGCCGAGCGUCUGGCCAAGGCCAAGAACCUCAAGCUCGCCGUCACUGCCGGUAUCGGCUCCGACCAUGUCGACCUCAACGCCGCCAACACCACCAACGGCGGCAUCACCGUCGCCGAGGUCACCGGCUCCAACGUCGUCUCCGUCGCCGAGCACGUCCUCAUGACCAUCCUCGUCCUCAUCCGCAACUUCGUCCCCGCCCACGAGCAGAUUGAGCGCGGCGAGUGGGACGUCGCCGCCGCCGCCAAGCAGGAGUACGACCUCGAGGGCAAGGUCGUCGGCACCGUCGCCGUCGGCCGCAUCGGCGAGCGCGUCCUCCGCCGCCUCAAGCCCUUCGACUGCAAGGAGCUCCUCUACUACGACUACCAGCCCCUGUCCGCCGAGGUCGAGAAGGAGAUUGGCGCCCGCCGCGUCGACACCCUCGAGGAGCUCGUCUCCCAGUGCGACAUUGUCACCAUCAACUGCCCUCUCCACGAGAAGACCAAGGGUCUCUUCAACAAGGAGCUCAUCAGCAAGAUGAAGAAGGGUUCCUACCUCGUCAACACCGCCCGCGGCGCCAUCGUCGUCAAGGAGGACGUCGCCGAGGCCCUCAAGUCCGGCCACCUCGCCGGCUACGGCGGCGACGUCUGGUUCCCCCAGCCCGCCCCCAAGGACCACCCCCUGCGCUACGCCAAGAACCCCUGGGGCGGCGGCAACGCCAUGGUCCCCCACAUCUCCGGCACCUCCCUCGACGCCCAGAAGCGCUACGCCGAGGGCACCAAGGCCAUCAUCACCAGCUACCUCUCCGGCAAGCACGACUACCGCCCCCAGGACCUCAUCGUCCACGGCGGCUCCUACGCCACCAAGGCCUACGGCCAGAGGAAGUAG